AUGUUAGCUACAUGUAGUAAUAUAUUACAAAUAUGGAAUUGUCAAGAUUAUUCAUUAAUUAAAGAAUUUGGUCAUGAUCAUCAACCAUCAACUGAUAUAAUUAAAUCUAUUGAUUGGAAAAAAGAUAAUUCAAAUUAUCUUGUUUUUACAUAUAAACAAACGGGACGUGUACAAUUAUAUGAUUUACAAAAAAAUAAAUCUGUUGAACUUUCAACAACAAAAGCUCAAUGUUGUUCAUUUAGUACAUCAGGAAAAUAUUUAAGUAUAACUAAUGAAGAUAGUCAAGCACAAAUAUGGGAUGUUAAUUCAGGAAGAAUUUCUCAAACAUUUAAUAGUGUUGAUCAAAGUCCAAUGGAAUGUAUAUGUUGGGGUAAUGGAGAUUCUUAUGUAGCUGCUGGAACACGAAAAGGUAAUGUUUUUCUUUAUAAUCAAUUAACAAAACAAACAUUUUCUGCAUUUACAAUCAAAAAUGGAAAUAAGCUUGGUUCAAUAUCAUCAAUAAAAUGGUCUCCACAUAAAGAAUUAUUAGGAACAACAUCAAAUGAUGGUUUACUUUCAUUAUGGAAUUAUCGUUUAAAAGAAUUAAUUAUAUCAAUACAUUCUCAUAAAGCUCCAGCUACGGAUUUAGCUUUUUCUCCUCAUCAUGAUGCUUUUCUUGUUACAUCAGGUAUGGAUGGAUCAUUAUGUUGUUUAGAUGUUAUACAACAAAAGAUUCUGUCAACAAUAAGUAUAUAUGCUCCAUUAACAAGUGUUGAUUUUCAUCCAAAUGGUUCAUUAGUUGCUGUUGGAACAAUGGUUAAUUCUGAACAUGGAAAUGUUUAUUCAGUUAAAUUUGAAACAGGACAAACAAUUAAUAUUCAAAGACCAACAACACUUUUACAAGAGACAAAUAAAGGAUUAAGUACAUUUGCUCAACAAACAACACGUUCUCGUCAUACAUCAUCAUCAUCAUCAUCAUCAAAUCAAUGUUCAACACCAAUUGAUGAACAAAUAUCAACAAAUCGUCCAUAUUUAACACAAUCAUCACGUGAAAGAUCGAAUUCAUCAGUUUUAUCAACAACAAAUAAAAUAAAUACACCUAUUAUAACAACUGAAUAUUCAACUAAUAUUGAUAAAAGUUUGUCAUCUCCACGACAACAAACAAAUGAUCGUUAUGAAGAAAAAUCAAUAUCUCGAGUGAGUAAUAAUGAUUGUAUGAGUUUUGAAGAUUUUACAAAAUUAUGUGGAGUUUCUGUUAAUUGUCCAAUUGAAAAUGGUCAUCAUCGAACAAAUAUUAAUUCUGAAUAUGAUGAUGAUUUAUUUAAAAUAAUGUUAGAUAAUCGAGUUAAUUGUUUACGUGAAGAUUUUAAAGAUGAUCUUAAUAGAACUAAACUUUCAAUGCAAAUGAAUUUUAUUGUUGAAUUAGAACGACUUAGAAAUGAUUUAAUGAAACAAAUUGAAUCUCAUUCAUUAAAUGCUCAAUUAAUCGAUGAAAUCGAACGUCUUAGAGUCGAAAAUAAACGAUUACGUCAAUUACAACCUAGAAUUUAA